AUGACAUUCCGAACUAGUAACAUUCUCUAUGACCCACACGAUUCCACAACACACCGUAAACUAAUUGUUGCCAUAACCAUAGCUCAUGAAUUAGCUCAUCAGUGGUUUGGUAAUUAUGUAACAAUGAAAUGGUGGAAUGAUCUUUGGUUAAAUGAAGGAUUUGCAACUUUUAUGGGAUACAUUGGUGCCAAUGUCAUCAACAGUGAUUACGAAGUGUUUGAAUUAUUUGUCCUUGAUGUUUUGUGGAGUGGUUUGAAGGCUGAUUCUUUAAUGUCCUCACAUCCAAUUGAAGUCCAAGUCAGUAAACCUGAGGAUAUCAGUUCCAUAUUUGAUCUGAUAUCUUAUAAAAAGGGUGGAUCGAUCAUUCGAAUGAUGCGCCAUUUUCUGGGGUCAGCUGUUUUUGAGAAAAGACUCAAUAAUUACCUGAAUAAAUAUGCCUACAAGAAUGCACAAACGGAUGACUUGUGGGAAGCUAUGUCUGGGUCAUCAUCAGAAGGUGACCGUUUGGAUGUAAAGACCAUCAUGGACACUUGGACAAAGCAGAUGGGGUAUCCUGUUGUCAUGGUUGAAAUACGAGGAGAACAAGUCACAGUUAAACAAGAGAGAUUCCUUUUAUCAACCCUUGCCAACACAAGCAACAUACCUCGUUCUCUUUUUAACUACAAAUGGUACAUUCCUAUGACCUAUGUUUCCUCAACGGAGCCAACCAAUCCACACACAGUUUGGUUGAAUAUGAGCUCAGCAACAUUUACAGUUCCUGAAGGAACGUCAUGGGUGAAAGCCAACUACAGAAGUUUUGGUUUUUAUCGUGUCAACUAUGAAGAAGCAACUUGGAAGGCUUUGAUUUCAGAGCUUACAACCAAUCACAAGGUUUUUCAACCAGAAGACCGGGCAACACUAAUGGAUGACUUGUGCAAUAUGGCAAGAGCUGGGAAAGUAGAAUAUACUUUGUGCUUAGAAGUGACAGAAUAUUUAGUACAAGAGGAUGAAUACGUUCCAUUUACUGUUGGCAUUUCAAAUCUUCUCUUCAUGAAAAAAUUCAUGGCCACCCUUCCCACAUAUGAAUGGUACAAGAAUUAUAUUUUGAAACUUUUGUCAAACCAACUGAAAAUCUUAGGAUGGAAAACUGAUGGUGCUCCUUUGAAAAGAUCCCUGCGGUCAUUUGUUCUAAAAAUUGCAAUUGAAAUGGGAAAUCGAGCUAUUGUGAACAGGGGCCAAGAAAUCUUCCAGGAAUGGCGCUAUAAUAAUAGAAGCAUUCAUCCGGACUUAUUUGACUCUGUCUUGUUGGCCUCAAUGGCUGAUGGCUCUUCAGAAAACUGGAAUUAUUUGUGGCAAACCUACACAGAGACCAGCAACCCGAUUUUAAAAAGUAACCUUCUAAGAGCGUUGGGUAGAACUCCUAAUGCAAAUGAUUUAAAUCGUUAUCUGAGUAUCUCAACUCAAAGAGAUUUUAUCAGAAUUCAAGACCUCAGCUCCGUUUUCUAUUCUCUGAGUUCAAGCCAAACUGGACAGCUUCUUGCAUGGCGACAUCUCAAACUAAACUGGAAAAGUUUGCAAGAAAGGUUUCACGGCAGCACUUUUGGUUUGAGCAACAUCAUUGAAAGCGUCAUCAUUAAAUUUGUGACUGAAAUGGAUUACCAUGAGGUGAUUGAAUUCUUUAGAGGUAAAGAUUUGGGUACCAGUAAACGGACAGUUGACAACACAAUUGAGGUCAUUCGUAUGAAUGUCGACUGGAUGGCAAGGAAUCAUGUCAAAGUUUCUAAGUGGUUCCGGGAACAUGGUCAAUAA